AUGCAGGUCUUGUGGCUAGUCGGUAUCCUUCUUCUCGUGGACGGUCUUCACGGCCACGACCACCACUCCCACCAUCUUCACCAUAACCAGCACUAUCGGCUAGCCAACAAGGGCGAUGGCGUCGGAGUCAGCCGGUCUGGCCCAUGCUAUGUCAAGCACCGUGAACGGAACCUGAUGGCACAACAGAAGCCUCGCAGAAUCUACGAUGACCCCGACUACGACUUCGAGGCUCUGCCAGAACAAUGGGACUGGAGGAAUGUUGACGGAGUUAACUAUGUUACAGUAGACCGUAAUCAACACAUCCCUCAAUGUAAGUAUCGUGCAUCUAUAUAGUUUUAAAAAAUAUAAUAAGACUUAACUAUAAUUUAAAAAUAUAAAAAAAGAUAUAAGAUAACAAGCUUCCUUAUCACUAUUGAGACUAGAGCUUUCUUACUCUAUUGAGACCUGACCUUCAGACUGUGGAUCGUGUUGGGCCUUCGGAUCGACUUCAGCCUUGGCCGACCGUUUCAACAUCAAAAGGAAGAACAAAUGGCCUCAACCUUUGUUGUCAGUCCAAGAAGUCAUCGACUGUGCCGGAGCCGGCAGCUGCUUCGGAGGUGACCCACUGCCUGUGUACAAGUAUGCUCACGAAAAAGGAAUUCCUCACGAAACUUGCAACAACUACCAAGCUACCAACCAAAGUAAGAUCUAAAUUGAUAUGGGUAAAAGCUCUUAAACCUUAAUUAGCGUUGAACAACACGAAGAAGUCACAAGCACGAUUUCCUAAAAAUAUUUUUAAAAUUUUCAUAUAUUGUAUAAAAAAGCAGAAUGGCGAAGCAAGGGCGCAGUUUACAAAUCAUAAGCGCAACUUGCUUACGAAAUACAAUUUCAGAAUGUAACGAACAAAACCGUUGUGGAACCUGCUGGCCAGACAGGUGCUACGCCAUCCAGAACUUCACCUUAUACAAGGUCGGCGACUACGGUGAGGUGUCUGGCCUCGACAAGAUGAAGGCCGAGAUCUACCAUCACGGUCCAAUUGCUUGCGGAAUCUCGGCGACGGAAAAGCUGGAUGGCUACAAUGGAGGCAUCUACAAAGAAGACAUCAACAUCGACAUCAAUCACAUCAUCUCCGUGGCCGGCUGGGGCGAGGAGGACGGUGUGCCGUACUGGAUUGGCAGGAACAGUUGGGGAGUGAACGGGUGGGGAGAGUCGGGCUGGUUCAGGAUCGUCACUUCUGAGUACAAAAACUCCGGAUCCAAGCUGAACCUGAAGAUCGAGGAAGAUUGUGUGUUUGCUGACCCGAUCGUCGAAGAGUUUUAA